AUGCGCGUAGGUCAUCUGGUCGCGCUGCUCGGCGCUACGGCCCCAAUCAUCACGGCGGCUCAAGGAGACCAUCACCUGGCACCCCGUGCUGCUGAAGUGACGGCUUUGACGCAGUCUCUGAAUCAGCCCGGUCUUGCCGGCGAUAUCUGGGAUACAAUCAAGGGAGUGGCGUCUUGUGCCGCCUGCCAGGGCAUAUUGGGGUUGCUGAAAGGCAUCGCUUUUUUCGGCGAGGCCGCCUUUAUCAAUACCGCAAAGAUUGUUUGCAAAGUGAGCAAGGUCGAAGAUCCCGACGUGUGUGACGGCAUCAUGGAACUCGAAGGUCCGACCCUUGCGAGACUCGUUUGGGAGCUGAGUUUGUACGGACGAACCUCCAAGCUGUUCUGCGGCGCCGUUCUGGGUCUCUGUGACAUGCCCGAUUCGCUUAAACCAAAACUCAAGUUCCCCCCGAAGCCAGAGAACAUGACAAGCGGCCGCCCGACCCCCAGCGGCAAGGAGCCGAUUAAGGUUGUGCACUUUUCCGACAUUCACAUUGAUCAUCAUUAUACUCCGGGAUCCAAUACCCAGUGCAGCAAGCCCAUUUGCUGUCGCGCGUACACCGAGAAAGAUGCUCCUGGCACGACGGAAAAUCCAGCCGGUCCUUUUGGAGACCACAAGUGCGACACCCCCGUCGAUCUCGAGAGGAGCAUGUACAGGGCUAUCCAAGACAUUGCUCCGGAUGCUGCAUUUACGCUCUUCACCGGUGAUAUCCCCGAUCACACGAUUUGGAAUACGACCAAGAAAUCCACCAUCCAUGAUAUCAACCAUGCCAUGUCCAUCAUGAACAGUAACCUCGACACUGUGUACGGCACCGUUGGUAACCAUGAGAUAUCCCCCGUCAACCUCUUUCCCUCUACCCAAUACGCCAAGAAACAGACCAGCGCCAAAUGGGUGUACGACCUGCUCGCCGACUACUGGACCGAGUGGACUGGUGACAGCGCACGCCAGGACAUUUCCGAGAUUGGGGCCUACUCUGCCAAAUACCCGCACGGCAAGCUGCGCAUCAUCUCCAUCAACACCAACCUGUACUACCGCCACAACUUUGAAGUAUACCGCGACAAGACCGAGCGGGACCCCAACGGGCAGUUUCAGUGGCUCGUGCAGCAGCUCGACGAGGCCGAAAAGGCCGGCGACCGCGCCUACAUCCUGGGUCACAUGCCCAUGGGCGACAUGGACGCGCUGCGAGACGGCUCCCGCGCCUUUGACCAAAUCGUCAACCGCUACGCCGACACCAUUGCCGCCAUGUUCUUUGGCCACACCCACGUCGACCACUUUGAGCUGCACUACAGCGACUACAAGAACCGCGACUUUAGUAACGCCCGCGCCGUGUCCUACAUUGCGCCGUCGCUGACGCCCACCUCGGGCAUGCCCGCCUUUCGCGUCUACUCGGUCGACCCGGACACCUUUGCCGUGCUCGACUCGGUGCAGUACGCCGCCGACAUGACGCGCGCCGACUACCAGACCGCCGGCCCCACGUGGACGCGGUACUACUCCGCCAAGGACGUCUACGGCCCGCUGGUGCACCCGCCGCUGACCGACAACGACGCCGCCGUCGAGCUCACGCCCGCGUUUUGGCACAACGUCACCGUCGCGUUCGCCGCCGACGAGGCCGUCUUUGACCAGUACAUGCAGCGCAAGAGCCGCGGCUGGAAGCACCAGCCCUGCGCCGACGACUGCGCCCGCGUCGAGGUCUGCAUGCUGCGCGGGGGCCGCGCCGAAGACAACUGCUACAAGCCAAAGCCGGGCAUCAGCCUGCGCAGGCGCGUCGGCCUCCUGACUAGGCGCACCGACAUGGGCAACAAUGCGCACGACGACUGCGGCGCGUCGGCGAGCGUGGCCAUGCUCGACAGCAUAGCGUCUAAUAAGGAGGUGCUGGAGAAGCUCAAGGAGAUUUUUGACGAGAUGGGUGCAAAGGCGGGCGCCAAGUCGUUUGACCCGGAAAAGGGAUGGCUGUUUUGA